GUGUAGCAGCGCUCUUCUUUUCCGACUAGAGGACAGUGUGACAGGAACAAGUUACAAACCCUUCGGAUAUAAGUGUCUUCCCCGAAUAUUAUCAAAUGGAUUUAACCAGAAAGCAAACGGCAAAAUAUAAUUAAAGCAACAGAUUCUCUGCCGCAAGCUGGGUAUUCAACUUGGGAAUAUAUCAUGAAGAGAAUGCACUUCCCGCCACUGCUACUGGUCUUGAUCAGCGUUGUUGUGAUAGGAUCUCAUCCAGAAUCAACAAAGGGAGAAUGCAUCGAUGAAGUCAGUCAAGACAUUUCAUUCCGGGCCUUUCUCUGUCCCCAGGCUGCUUCUCUCUCUAAGUUAUUCGAACAAUUGAAAGGAGAGAAUCAAAGAAUACGCGUCAAAAUCACGGUGGAGAAGGUGGACGGACAGCUAAGACUGCAGCCUCCUCCCAACAUCUUCAUCAUCUCGCUUUUUCUUCAGAACGCGAACGUAACACAAAUAUCUAUUGAAAUGGAAAACCAGUCGUCGUUGUCAUCCUUAAGCCAGCUGGACCUGAGGAACAACCGCUUCUUUAAGCUGGAACACAUGCAGUGGAGCGUCCUGUCCUCGCUGACGGUACUCAUUCUCAGAGAAACGCCUGUGACUGAAAAGGCACUGACGUUAUUGUUGUCGCAUCUUCCUGCUCUCCAGCACCUUGACAUCUCCUCUUCUGGCCAUCGCUUCCUCCCUGAGAAAGUCUUCGACAAGAACCCGGAACUGCAACACCUCGAUUUAUCGAAUAAUGAAUUUGGGAAAAUAACACUACCUGGAAACUUAACCUUGAGGCUGACGCACCUCAACAUCUCGAGCUGUAAGCUGGACGAGGUGUCCGUGCUGACGGCGUGCGUGGAGGGGCCGUGUCCCACGCCCUCCUCCCAGGGGCGCCUGAGGACUUUGGACGUGUCCAACAACUCUCUGAAGUGGCUGCCAAGGAGGCUGGUGGAGUCCCUCAAAAAUGAUUCCUUUGUUAAUAUCAAAGAAAACCGCUGGAACGAGGCGUGCCAUAACUGCUCGCUCUACCACCUGUGGCAGUACUCGAGGCAGGCGCUGCACAUUGACGCCCGCGAGGAACUCGACUGCUUCAGCGAGGCCGUUCUUCGGAGCUGCGGCUGGGAGGACUGCCCCGCCGAGUGCGACUGCGACAGCGGGAGGAAGACGGUGAACUGCACCGGGAAAGGCCUGGUGGAGCUGCCGAUCGUCGUGCCCUCCGAGACCGAGAUCUUCCUGGCGGACAACAACGUCAUCACCAACAUAGAUAACGUGGCCUUUCCCACGUACUGCAACCUCAGGCGCCUCAGUGUCGAACGCAACCUCGUGACUAAGCUUUUGCUCUCAGGACGAGGGAAAUGCGACUGUUAUACAUACGACUACUACAGUAAGGAUAGCAAGUGUUAUCCUCAGCAUCUCCACACAGUGUCCUUAGAUGAUAACAAAAUUAAGAGACUAACCGCUGCCGACUGUCCGUUGCUGUAUCCUCUGGGGACACUUACGAUGUCUAGAAAUAAGUUGGAAAGCCCCGGAGUGCAGGUCUGUGGCUCCCUACUACACCUGCUUUCCCUCGACCUCUCAAACAACAGUAUCGCCAACGUCACCUCUCUUGACCUCGCCACAUACCCGUCUCUGCAGGAUCUCAACCUCUCUCACAACGCCCUAAAAAAAUUCCCUCUCAACAUAACCGAUCUAUUGCCUAGACUCAAGACUCUGAACGUCAGUUCCACUUCCAUAAGAAAUUUAACCAGUGGGACCUCGGGACUGGGUAUUAUUUUCGGAGACAACUCUAUGGUGAACUGCAGCCACGGUCAAGGCGGGGAAAAGGAAGGACAAGGGAAGCCCGAGAUGACCAGGAGGCGCCACAGUCAAGGCGGGGAAAAGGAAGAACAAGAGCCCGAGGUGAGACUUACGUUAAACUGGGUUUGAAUACAUGUGGUUUGUGCCUCCAGUUGGUUGUCGAGGUUUGGAUGUAUGCUUAUUCUUCUCAAAAGCGAGUGCGUCUUAUAUUAUACAUGUGCGGAGGCGAUUCGAAGGG